AUGGGAAAACAUGAUCCUGAACGUCUUACUGUGAUUGUGGUGUCUGUUGUCGGCUAUGCAGUAAGCUUGGUGUUCAAUGCACUGGCUGUAGUUGGGGUUGGUCCUUACUACACCACCACAGCCAAUGUGUCUGCUGUGUUCGACACCCUGAUCACUCCGUCAGGAUGGACCUUUAACAUCUGGAGUGUCAUCUACGUCUGGCUGACUGCAAUGAUUAUUUACAUCGUGACAGGCCUUUGCAGAAGGAAUGGUUACGGCUAUGUUUACUGCAGCCCCGCAGUGUUGCCUUAUGGAUUCUUCUUUAGUUGGUGUCUCAAUUUGUGUUAUAAUGUUAUCUGGCUGUUUGUUUGGGACAGAGGGCUGAUGAUUGCUGCCCUGGUUUUUCUCAUCCUGGUCAUCUGCACAAACUACUCCAUGAUAGGCUUCAUCUGCCAUGGACUCCAUAUUUAUGGGCCUUGGCUCAAGAAAUAUCAUAAAGCAGACCUAUGGCUCCUCCGUGUGUUGGUUCAGAAUGGUGUGAUGGUAUACACAACAUGGACAACCAUCGCCACUCUAAUCAACGUGACGAUUGUACUGACUUAUGAUGCAAAGAUGUCCCCAACAAAUGCUGCCACCAUCUCAUACUCUAUUUUGGCUGUUGUGUUACUUGUGUGGUUUAUUGUGGAAAACUUUGUCCUUGAUAAACACGUGCGGUACAUCCUCAUCAACUACCCUGUUGUGAUCUGGGCUCUGUCUGGAAACCUGGACAAAAACUAUAAUGCUGAACCAUUCAUUGGCAAUGGCAUUGCUGCACUGUUGGCUGUAGCCUCUGUGCUGUUUGUCAUACGCAUUGUUUUGGUGAUCUGGAGACACAUCAAGCAGCCGCUCUACACAGACGUCAGCCCUGACGCCAUGGAACCGACCGUGAACGAGAAUAUCACAAUUCAAGUGGUAUGUUAA